AUGGGCAAGAAACGAGUCUUGGUUAGCUACGGAGUGGAUAUUGACGCUGUGGCAGGCUGGUUGGGAUCCUAUGGCGGUGAAGAUAGCGCCAACGACAUAAGUCGAGGUCUUUUCGCCGGCCAUGUUGGCACCAUGCGUCUUCUGAAAAUGUUCGAGAAACACAACAUCAAAGCAACGUGGUUCAUUCCUGGACAUUCGCUAGAGACCUUCCCGGACGAAUGCGCUCGGAUCCGAGACGCAGGCCACGAGAUUGGACUCCAUGGUUACAGCCACGAGAACCCCGCAGAUAUGACGGUUGAGCAGCAACGGGAUAUCCUCGACAAGACCUACCGCAUGCUCUUCGACUUUUGCGGCAAGCCCCCCCGAGGGAUGGUGGCGCCCUGGUGGGAGACCAGUAAGGAGAUGGUGGACCUGUUGCUCGCAUAUGGCGUGGAGUACGACCAUUCCAUGUCCCAUCACGAUUGUCAGUUGUAUUGGCUGCGCACGGGGGACUCGUGGACCAAGAUCGACUAUAGCCAAAAGGCCGAGACUUGGAUGAAACCCCUGAAUCGCGGCCAGGAGACCGGCUUAGUGGAAAUUCCUGGCAAUUGGUACAUCGAUGAUCUACCUCCAAUGAUGUUUAUCAAAUCGUCCCCCAACAGCCACGGAUGGGUUAAUCCGAGAGAUAUCGAGGACAUUUGGAAGGACCACUUCGACUACUUCUAUCGUGAAUAUGAUGAAUUCGUCUUCCCGAUGACUAUACACCCGGAUGUUUCAGGUCGUCCACACGUUCUCCUCAUGCAUGAGAGAAUCAUAGAGUAUAUCAACAAACAUGAAGGGGUGGAAUGGGUAACCAUGGAACAGAUGUGCGAUGAUUUUAAGAGCAAGAAUAAGCCGCUAGAAGGCGCAAGAAUGCCGGCUGCCCCUAUAUUAGAAAAGCAGUAA